AUGCACACGGCCAGUAAUACUCAUACAGCCAGUAACAUGCACACGGCCAGUAAUACUCACAAGUCCAGUAACACUCACAAGGCCAGUAUCACUCAUACGGCCAGUAACAUUCACACGGCCAGUAACACUCAUACAUCCAGUAACGUUCACACGGCCAGUAACGCUCAAAAGGCCAGUAACACUCAAAAGGCCAGUAACACUCGCACGGACAGUAACAUUCACACGGCCAGUAACACUCAUACAGCCAGUAACAUUCACACGGUCUGUAACCCUCACACGGCCAGUAACACUCACACGGCCAGUAACACUCAUACGGCCAGCAACAUUCACACGGUCAGUAAUACUCGCACAGCCAGUAACAUUCACACGGUCUGUAACCCUCACACGGCCAGUAACACUCACACGGCCAGUAACACUCACACGGCCAGUAACAUUCACACGGUCAGUAACACUCGCACAGCCAGUAACAUUCACACGGUCAGUAACACUCACACGGCCAGUAACACUCACACGGCCAGUAACAUUCACACGGUCAGUAACACUCGCACAGCCAGUAACAUUCACACGGCCAGUAACAUUCACACAGCCAGUAACAUUCACACGGCCAGUAACAUUCACACGGCCAGUAACACUCACACGGCCAGUAACACUCACACGGCCAGUAACAUUCACACGGUCAGUAACACUCGCACAGCCAGUAACAUUCACACGGCCAGUAACAUUCACACAGCCAGUAACAUUCACACGGCCAGUAACAUUCACACGGCCAGUAACACUCACAAUGCCAGUAACACUCACACGGCCAGUAACACUAGCACGGCCAGUAACACUCACAAUGCCAGUAACAUUCACACGGCCAGUAACACCCACACGGCCAGUAACACUCACACGGCCAGUAACACUCACAAUGCCAGUAACAUUCACACGGCCACCAGUAACAUUCACAAGGCCAGUAACAUUCACACUGCCAGUAACACUCAUACAGCCAGUAACGUUCACACGGCCAGUAACACUCACACGGCCAGUAACACUCAUACAGCCAGCAACAUUCACACGGCCAGUAACACUCAUACAGCCAGUAACAUUCACACAGCCAGUAACAUUCACACAGCCAGUAACACUCACACGGCCAGUAACACUCACACGGCCAGUAACACUCACACGGCCAGUAACACACGGCCUCACAAUGCCAGUAACAUUCACACGGCCAGUAACACUCACACGGCCAGUAACACUCACAAUGCCAGUAACAUUCACACGGCCAGUAACAUUCACACGGCCACUAACACUCACACGGUCAGUAACACUCACACGGUCAGUAACACUCACACGGCCAGUAGCACUCACAAUGCCAGUAACAAUAAUACAGACAGUAACAUUCACACGGCCAGCAACACUCAUACAGCCAGUAACAUUCACACGGCCAGUAACACUCAUACAGCCAGAAACACUUACACGUCCAGGAACAUUCACACGGCCAGUAACACUCACAUGGCCAGUAACACUCGCACGGGCCAGUAA